UUGAUAUAUAUUAAAUUUGUAAGUUAAGUGCAGUAACAUGAAGCCAGGACACUCAUUCUCCAAUCUUCUAAAUAUGAACCCAGCCAAGCCAGACCCAAAAUUUAUCAAUAAACCCUCCCAAAUCAAUCCACAAUAACCCCACCAUUCUCCCUUCCGCCAACACAGAAUCACUACUUUAUCCAAAACCCUCCCUAAAAACUGCCCAAAAGUUAUACUCACAAAUUCUGGGGAUGAACAAGACACAGAACGAAGUUUAGAUGAAGAGCUUGAAGAGACUGCACAGAAGGAUUUAGGAAGAAAUGAGAGUUUUUUUGGGAAGAAUUUUGUGCUGGAGUUUAAUAUAGCUAUGAUUCUUCUUAUGUUUAGAGGAAGCUUCCAGAAGUAUUUUGUGCUUAUGAUUGUUCUUGGAACUGCCUUGUCUUUAAUACAAAUCUUGGAUGAAGGUUGGUGUUACCAACAAGAAAGCUGGGAGAUAAGGUUUUGAAUAAGUUUUACAGUCAUAAUUUUGGAUCCAAGAAAAUGGAAGCUUGGAGUGCUAGCUCAUACAUUUUAUGUUAUAUGUUUUGCACAAGGAGGAGAGCACGUUGAAGGAGAACAUAAUAAAUUAGAUGAUCCCUUUGACUUCGAUAAAGUUGCUUCGAGAUCAUUCACUUGUCUCUGGUUUGCUAUAACCUGCUAUAUACUUCAAGCAAAGAUAAGAACAAUGCAUUGUGAAAUCUUAAACAGUAAGAAACAACUACAAGAAAUGAAGAAAAUUAUAAAUAUCCUUCCUUUUGGAGUGGCUGUUUGGCCAUCUAAAACUGAUGGGAAAGGAUUCACUAACGAAGAAUUCACUAGUAAAUUCAUGAAGAUCAGGAAGAGCUUAGAGGAACUUGAAGAUAUUAAUAUUUCAGUUAUUGAUAAUUCUAAGGAAGUGAGGUCAAGGAAGAGUAUUCCGAGGGAGCUGUCCUCUUUUCUGAAAGAACAGCAAGAAUUUCUGAAUGAGAAAGAGUCAAUGUCUGAGAAGGAUAUCAAGAUUAAUUCAAACUCCAGUAAAAGAAAUAUGGAGGUUGAAGGGGACGAAGAGUCAAAUAGUGAUAGGAUCUAUAAUGUAAAAACUCUUACAGUUGAAUGGGAAGGUAUUAAGUCCUACAUGCAUGUUUUUAUUGAUAAUACAGAUAUCAUUAAACUUGAAGAAGCCAAGAACAAUAUCAAAUGUCAGAAGAUAAUGUUCACUAGUGCUUCUCAUGAAUUCAGAACGCCUCUGAAUUCAAUUACAAAUUCGUUUGAUAUAGUGAAUCAUUCUUUUUAAGACCAUCUACUACUCAGUUAAGCCUUAUCUUUCCAAUCUUACUGGAAUUCAAAGUGAAGAAAUAGAUCUGAACCUCCAGACUCUCAAUAAGUUCCUUAAUAUUGGCAAGAGCUCAUCAAUGCUUCUUCAUGCACUAAUUGAGGAUGUUCUAAAUUUAUCAAAGAUAGAAGUUGGCACUUUUAAAAUUAGCCAAGAACUUUUCAGCAUUGAAGAACUUCUCAAUGAAGUAUAUGAUAUCUUCUAUGUACAGUGUGAGCAGAAGAAGCUGACAUUAUCAUUAGAAUUGACUAGUGAUGCUAGGAGUCUGCUUCUUCAUUCAGAUCGAAGUAGGAUCAAGCAAAUCUUGAUGAAUUUGAUCUCAAAUUCAUUAAAAUUUACGUUUAAUGGAAAGAUCUCAAUUCAGAGUAGAAUUAGGGAGCAUUUGGGCAAAAGCUUCGUCGAGUUUAGUGUUAAGGAUACAGGAAUUGGUAUUGAACCUGAACAACAAGAGAAGCUAUUUGAACUCUUCACAGUUGUUGGCGAUACUAAGAGUUUCAAUUCAAAUGGGACAGGUAUUGGACUUACUAUCAGUAAGAAAUAUAUCGAAGCACUAGGAGGAAAUAUUCAUCUUGAUUCAGUGUUUGGUGAAGGGACAGAUAUUAUUUUCACUAUUCCUAUUGAUAUAAAAUCUGAAAUUUUUAGUGAAGAUUCUGAAUCAGGGCAGUCUCAGUGAGACUACCAAGAAAAAGAAUAUUCAAAGCAAGAGGCUAAUAUCAUCUGAGACUCAAUGAGAAAAAUUAUCUCUGGCUCGAGAGGGAAAUUUUAGACAUCAGGUACCAAACAAUACCAUAUAUGGCAUAUUAA